AAAAAAAGAAAAAAACAGUAUUAUUUAUCCAAAACAUUGAAAUCAUUGAAUAUGCAACAACGGGAAGAAAAACAAUUAGAAAAUACCAUACAAGCAAUAUUAAUAAGAGUUAACGAUUUAAAAGGCGCAAUUCAAGCUCUAAUCACUAAACUAGAAACGGAAUAUGAAACUAUCAACUGGCCUACUUUUUUAGAUAAUUACGCUAUUUUAUCUGGACAUUUAACUGCUUUAAGUAAAAUCUUACAAGCUGAGUUAGCAACAUCUUUGAGGUCACGUAUUGUAUUGCCAUUACAACUUGGUUGUGAGCGUGAUGAAUCAUUGGCACGGUUGACAGAAGGGAGAGUUCCUGCAUGCACUCAUGAUUUAGUACCAGAUUUACUAAGAACUAAGCCAGAACCACAAGCUGAACAACGGUUACAUCAAUUCAACCACAAGGCUAGCACGCUUAGCUAUGACACAGCUCAGAAACAAGUGGCGCAGUUUGCUAAAGUUGUGAGUCAUGUUUGGGAAAUCAUCUCUAAAGGUCGUGAAGACUGGGAGGGGGAAUCCAUGCGGUCUGCAGGUAUACAGCCAACCCAUAUUCUAGCUGAUACACAUGCGCUUGUAACAGCCGUGGGGACCGGUAAAGGUCUGCGGCCUGGCAUGCCGUCCAUUGUGCCAGCGGGCAUCGGUGGGCCCGGCAUGGGCCCGUCGCGCGGACAAGCGCCGCAAAUGGGUCCAUCUACUCCUGCUAUGCCAAAGGCACCGUCUGCUAUCAAGACCAAUAUUAAAUCAGCUAAUCAAAUACAUCCUUAUCGUUAA